AAACAAUAAGAGGAAUAUACAUUAUAAAAAAAAAUGAAGAUAAGUGCAGCGCUCAUACUGUCACUCAGUAUAUUUUCCAUAAGAUAUCAUAGCACAAUGAGCAGUAGCUGGGAACGCAUUCGUCUACGUGUCGAGACCAAAGAGGGUUUCGAGCCGGUUACCAAUAAUAAUGUGAGCGCUGAUGGACGCACUAUAUCCGCACAUAUAUUGGACACCACAGUGGGUCAGGCGGCAGCCAAUGUUAACAUAACCAUUUACCGCCUGGAGGGCGAAAACAACUGGCAGAAAUUGAAUGUGGAAACAACCAAUCAGGAUGGUCGUGUGAACCAAUUAGUGCCCGCCUCGCACUACAAAGCCGGCAUCUAUAAGUUACACUUUGAUGUGAAACCAUACCAUGCUGAACGUGGCGUUAAUAGUUUCUAUCCGUUUAUUGAAAUUGUAGUACAGUGUGAACAGGGUCAACACUACCAUAUUCCAUUGCUAUUGAAUCCCUUUGGUUAUACAACCUACAGAGGUACUUGAAUGAAAGUAAAAUAUUAUAUAAAAUAAAUAAAAGAUUUUUUAAGAAACCUCC